CGUUUUGACACGAAGUCAAAUGCCCGACUGGGCGGGCAUCAAUUUGGGUCAAAUUCCCCACUCCCACUGUACGGAGCAAAGCUCCAGUCAAAUGCCUGCGGGGAUGGGCGGUUCUGGCAUUGACUAACGCUAACGUCGCGACUCUUUCCUUGGUAUAGUACCAGAGAUUUUGAACAGAUACUUACAUGUCGGUACUUAGGCUUGAAAGAACAGCAUUUCGUCAAGGAAAUAGGGUUUUUAACGUUUAACCGGUUAAUGGUUGUUUGAAGAACACGAUCUACUUUUGCAGGAAUUGGAUUUACAAUUUGGUCAAGCCUUCAUAUUCAGCAGACAUUGGUUCAGCAAAUAUCACAAACAAUCAGGUUAGAAAUUUCACUUUGCUGCGAUAUCCACAACAAUCUCGUCCUAGGGGAGUAUCGGUUACCGUUAUGGCGAUGACCGGAGGACAGGGUCUCCUCUACUUCCUGCACUAUUUUGAUACCGGGGAGCAACGUUGCCGAGAUCAAGUCAUCUGAGUCAUGACGAUUGCGGUCAUUUUGACGCCCCUCUGUGAAGGGCACUGCUGACUUUUUUAAAGGAGCUUCACAAGUUUAAAAGAAUCUAAGGAAUGACACUGAUUGUUUUUGCUAUUAUGAUGCUGGAAGCCUUGGCUACAUGUUCAUCUAAUUCGAAGAAAUAGAGUAUUGGGACGUUAUGUUACAGUUAUGCGGGGUAAAAAAGGUUGAGGUUAAAGGAUACUAAAAUAAAGUUUUGUUGUUCUGGAACAGAAACUUUGGAUAUUGGACCUCAGCCGCCUGAAAAAGAGAAGAGGCCCAGUCAUGUGCAUACUGAGAACGUUCCCAUCAGUCCACGUGACUUAAACCAACACUCCACACAAACACAGUCUCCAACUGAUUCCAGUCAACUGAGUGAAGAUAAACGAUACGAAACUGACGACGCAAAGUUUGCCACUAAGAUUACAACACAACAAGAUGAAGAGAAACGUGAAAUCAACAAGCCCAUUACGGAGCAAGAAGCACCCAAAAGCCAGUCUCCUAAACGUGCGCUUGUUGAUGCGACAAUGGAGGGAGACCAACUGUUGGAUAGAAUCCCAGAAGAGAAAGAGUCGAAUCAGCCUGGUAUUUUACAAGAUCAUUAGAAUAAUUACAUUUAUUUAAUAUUGAUUACUUGAGAAAUUAGAAAGAUUUUUGAUUUGAGUAUUGUAAAAACCAAUUAAAAUGAGCCAAUUACACUGAGCAAACACAAAAUCAACGCGAAGCACAGAAACCAAUUUGGUCCCAGACCAAGCCACUGGCUUUGGAAAUUCUCGUUGCACUCUCUAUCUGUAAAUGUUCAUAAUAUUACAAAAGUAUCUGUGGUAAAAGAUCGAAAAAUGGAGUAUUUUCAAAAAUGCUGUUCCAGAUAUUAGAGGCAGUGGAGGCAGCGUGGCCGAGUGGUCAGCGCGUCGGACUCGCAAUCCGGCGGUCCCGGGUUCGAGUCCCGCUCUGGCCACUUGCUGGAUUUGUGCUCUGUCGUCCCGAGUUCAAAUUCUCGGCCACGCUUGUAAAUAGCCAACUGGUUGCCUUCUGCCAGUUGGGGUUUUUAAUCCUGUUAUGUUGCAUUUGAAUUAUUUGUUUCUAAAUAUUUGAGUGGAGUGCCUGUAAAUUAGCUCACUAGCUAAGUGCACCUUCCACUAUAAACAUGCCUAAAAAAAAAAAAAAAAAAAAAAAAAAAAAUUAGUAAUAAGCAUUGUUUUUUUGACAAUAUCAGCAGACAAUCCUCUUUCACAUAAAGGCGUCUAAUUUCCUAAGCUGAGCCUGAACUGGACUGAACGCUCUAGGUGGAGUUUUCCUCAAAACGGUCUUGAUAUGCCCCUCAAUUACCUGUUGUGAAAAAUGGGGUUGACAGAUAUCUAUGACCUUUAACCUCAUGUUUUAAAGAGGCUAAGGACAAGUUGGAGGUGGCGAGAGUGCAAGAUAAGGUGUUCCUUAUUCAGCUUAUUCACCAUAUCCAUAUCCUUCACCCGUUCUUGGAAAUUCUCUUCUGUGCUGUCAACUUUUGAUAAACUUUUCAUGUUAGCAGUUCGUCCAGAACACCCACAUAUCUUUUUUUGUAUUAGUAACUGACUACAUGCUUGCUGGAAUAGAGUACUAAAGUGUGACGUCAUAAAAACGAAAUUUCUGAAAUUAUGGGAUUUGUCAGGAUAUUCUGAAAGAUCAAUGCCCAAGAGGCCUAUUUGCCAAAAAUGAGCAUUUCUGGGCAAAUUGUCCCUGAGAUCGUAGCCCAGUUAUGCUUAGAAAACUCCAUACAAACCGUUCUAAAUUUUUUUGGGGUCGACCAAAAAAAAAAUUAGAAGGGUUUGUAUGGAGUUUUCUGAGUUUAACCUGCUAACAUCUGAGAGACAAUUUGCCCCGAAAUGCUCACUUUUGGUAAGUAGGCCUCUUGGACAUUGUUCUUUCAGAAUAUCCUGACAAAUCCCAUAAUUUCAGAAAUUUUGUUUUUAUGACGUCAUCACUUGAGUACUCUAUUUGUUUGAAACGCUGAAUUUUGUAUUAUCUUGCAGACACAGAAGUGCCCAUUCAAGACAAGGUUAACUAUGAUUCUGAGGACAAAUGUAACACGCUUCUAAACGCGUCUUUAACAAAAGGAAGCCUCCAUCUGAGAGAAGACCCCCAGGAGACAGGCACGGAAAUGCAGGAUACGAUUGCUACUGAGGUUAUCUCUUUCACUAAGAGUGCAAAUUCGUCCAGCGAAACAGAAAGUCUAGGAAACGUCUCUGAAGAGUUACCAAAUAAACCGAUGGCAGAAAUAAAAAUUUUCUCAACAACGGACGAUGCGCAUUAUGUAUCUAGGACUGUACAGCAUCAACAUUGGCUCGUUAACACCUGUCAGAGUGCUUUCUUGGGUAGGUAUAUAACGCCUAGCAUAGUAAUGAACACAACGGUGGAUCCAGGGAAGGGCGAGGUGCAUGACCUACCAAAUGUGGGCCAUGUAAAAGUCUAUGUAAUUGAAAGCUAGUGGAAAACGAUGUUCGGAGAAGAGGAAGGGGAGAUAUGAACAGCUGUGCCGAGUGCAUGAUUUGGAAAGUCUCUAGUUUCGUUCGAUCGGGAAAUCAGGAUUUAGAUUUUGAAAUGCGGAUUUCGGAUUUUGCAAUCGAAAGCGAAAUCUGAAAACGGAUUUCAGUUCUGAGAAAGCUGUCCUCAGGGUGGAUUUCAGUUAAGAAAUCCAAAUGCGGAUUUCAUGGAUUUCUUUUUUAGCGUUCGGUUGGGAAAUCCGAAAAAGGAUUUGCAAAACUAUUCUCGUUUCUAUUGCUAAUUAUGCUUGCGCGUGCAAGACCGUUGUUCUUAAGGACAGUUUUCCAAAUCCUUUUUCUGAUUUCCUAAUCGAACGGUAAAAAGGAAAUCCAAAACCAGAUAUCUCAGCGUUGAAAUCCGUUUUCGAAUUUCGCGUUCGAUUGCAAAUCCGAAAUCCGGAUUUCCAACUCUAAAUCGAACGCACCCUUUAUCAAAUUUUCUUGGGUCCGCACUUGGUACAAUGAUAAAAUCCCUCCGCAAAGAUCUCUUUGAGUUGGGUUAGUCUACGAACUCCUCAUUUGUUAUUUAGCCGGUAACAAUCAUAGCAUUGCCAUUAACGUCGUUAGCAACACAAAAACUCACUCUCGGAAUACAUAUAGCCUGUUUUACUUGGCAUCCUAUAAUAUUAUAAUUCUAUUAAACUAGAUAAUAAGGUGCAAGAUUCUAAUGAUGCUACCAUCACAAAAGUGUACCAAGGAGGGUCAGUGGACGAAGUGCCUCCAAUCACGGAACGUGCAAAUAAGCAGGACCAUGUGCUAGAUGUUCGCCCCGAAGAAGUAAUACAAAUAAAGGAUGUUGACAACAGCUGGGGAACAAGACCAGAACCAAGAGGAGCUUUGGGUUAGUCAUGAAUUUGUAUCAAUAAAUCGAAUCAGUUGUAGUUGGUUAACAUUCCAUAAGAAAGGUCUGACUUAACAAAGUCUGUUUUCUGACUUAGUACCAACAUGGGUUACAACCUAUAUUCCAUUGCUCUGACAAAGCGAUGCAUGGUUAUUAAGGCUUAAGUUGUUAACACUAUUGCGGAUAGCUUUUCUUACCGACACGAACAAAACCCAUUCAGUGUGGUGUGAACACCUAUCCGAUAUGUGACUCUCCACUUUAGAGAUUGCCGCGGCGCAGCUUCGCUUCGUUACAGCAAUUGCGACGAAAUCACUGUUCUUAUGUGUAAACAAAAGCCCUAUCCGGUAUGGUUUUCGUGCAGUCGCAAUAGGUAUCCGGUAUAGUGUGAACAUAGCCUAAUUCGCUACGAUUGUUGUCCUGGAGACGACUGUUGUCCGGUUAUGAUAUGUAGUUAGUUUACAAAAAACUCGUUGACUUUUGUCAUAACAUCGGACGUUAAUAGGACAGAAAGGAAAGUAGAAUAAAUUAUAACAAUAUUCCCAAGAGUUAAACUCAGAUCGUCAGUGAAAAGUGGACAUCAUAAUUUGAUAACAAUGGUGAAUCGUGGUGGUCGAGAGACCAUAAUUUGAUGUGAAGUGAGCUCAGACAGAAGCAUAUUGGCUCAAAUUUAUUUUUAUUUGACAGGUUUUACGCCAACUGAUUUUGAUCACAAAAACACAGAGGUGUGUGAGCGUCACGAAGGGGAUACAACCUGGGAAGUUCUGGGAAUAUCCGACCCAAAAAACAAUUCGUUGGCGACUGUUAUCCAGAAGAUGGUUGCCUCUGCCAUCAACGAAGCAUCAACUGAACAAGAAGAUAUGUCGGGUACACAUGCAACGAUGAAUGGAUCAGAUGCGUACUUAAAUUCAACGGAUUUGAAAUCAGUUGAAUUUGGUCCCUGCUUAAAAGAAAGCGCGAAAAGGCUAACGAGCAUAGAAGAUAAAACCGGUGCCGUUCCCCCUGAGAAGGAUGUUUUGACUGCAAAGGAACUAUUAGCUACAAAAGAAAGCGCACCAACCGUGGAAAAAGCAGAGAAUGAAAUAGAUACUACCCCUGAGAUUGAUGUUUUUACUGCAAAGGAUAUAUUAGCUGCAAAAGGAAGCGCACCAACCGUGGAAAAAGCACAGAGUGAAACAUAUGCUACCCCUGAGAUUGAUGCUUUUACUGCAAAGGAACUAUUAGCUACAAAAGAAAACGCACCAACAGUGGAAAAGGCACAGAGUGAAACAGAUACUACCCCUGACAUUGAUGUUUUUACUGCAAAGGGACUAUUAGCUACAAACGAAAGCGCACCAACCGUGGAGAAAGCACAGAGUGAAACAGAUGCUACCCCUGAGAUUGAUGCUUUUACUGCAAAGGAACUAUUAGCUACAGAAGAAAGCGCACCAACAGUGGAAAAAGCACAGAGUGAAACAGAUACUACUCCUGAGAUUGGUGUUUUUACUGCAGAGGAACUAUUAGCUACAAAAGAAAGCGCACCAACCGUGGAAAAAGCACAGAGUGAAACAUAUGCUACCCCUGAGAUUGAUGCUUUUACUGCAAAGGAACUAUUAGCUACAAAAGAAAGCGCACCAACCGUGGAAAAAGCACAGAGUGAAACAUAUGCUACCCCUGAGAUUGAUGUUUUUACUGCAAAGGAACUAUUAGCUACAAAAGAAAGCGCACCAACCGUGGAAAAAGCACAGAGUGAAACAUAUGCUACCCCUGAGAUUGAUGUUUUAAUUGCAAAGGAACUAUUAGCUACAAAAGAAAGCGCACCAACCGUGGAAAAAGCACAGAGUGAAACAUAUGCUACCCCUGAGAUCGAUGUUUUUACUGCAAAGGAACUAUUAGCUACAAAAGAAAGCGCACCAACCGUGGUAAAAGCACAGAGUGAAAUAGAUGCCCCCGCUAAGAAGCACGAGGGAAGUUGCAAUUCUUCCCCUAACGAUCAGCAAGUACCUGCUGAGCCUUCCAACCAAAGGAGUAGAACCGAAGUCGGAGAUCGCCAGGAAGUUUCUGAAGUAGUUGGUAAAUGUGAGUAAUUUGCCAUAAUGAAAUAAAUUAUCUUAGCGCUAAUAGCUAGUCGAAGGUUUCGGUGAAUCAGUGAAAGAUAGCUGAAAAGGUCCUAAAGAAAAUGCCCUAAGAAACAUAAAUUACGCUAUCCAUCUAUUUAAAGCCAUUAUCUCGUACGCGUUAAGUUUAUACUAGAAAUGUUUCAUGUAGCAAAGCCAUUCUGAACGCCGAUUCAAUUUGCUAAAUAUUUUGUUUUGUUGAUGGGUUGUUUGUUCUGACUUUGAUUAAGGUACCCCAAGAGUGUUCGGAGUCAAGGGAAAGGAAGCUGCCUAUCAAAAAGGAUUUGUCCUAGAUGCAGAAGAGAAUAGAGAGGUGGAAUUCAAAUCUUUUACAAGUGCACACCCUUCAACGCUACCUUGGAAAAUCAUGGAGAAGGCAAAAAAGUUCAUUUGCGCCUGCUUGAAUGCUGACAGUAAGGGGAUCAUCUACUUUGGCGUUGGAGAUUCACAAGAACAAUGUUCAAAGUUUAAACGAGGAGAAAUUCUCGGACUCGAUGUUGAAGGCGAUGCCACUGAUGAUAUCAUGAAAGCUUUUCAAUUUGUUCUUGACGAUCACAUAAAGAGCGAUGAUGGCCCACUUCAGAAGGGAGGCGAGCAAAAUUGUGUCAAUAUAGAGUUUGUCCCAGUAGUAAUCCAAGAACGUCGGACAGGCCUUUAUGUCAUCGAAAUUGAGGUGAGUCGAGACUGGAAGUUCUGCGAGGACAACGUUUAUUUUUGCAAAUCCUGGGCAGAGAAACGAGGAGUUGACAAAGAUGGAAAUGUAUCCGUGAAGAAGAAGGCCCUCAGUGAAAUCUACAAAGUAAAAGAUCACUACGACGACGUUGUCAUUAGGACGAAUGGUGCUUCAACUAACGUGAAGCAACACGAAGUUAAUCGGCAAGUGAGGGAACCUCUUGCAGCAAAAUACAAGGAAUGGAAGAGGGUGACAAAACUGGGUGAGUGUCACAUCUUUAUAUUUUUGCUUCAGCAAAAUGAGACUAGCUUUGCUAUAAGAACCCUAAUUUCCACCGUCUUGUCAGUUCCGUUACUCACACAAAGGACUUUUCACUGCCAUAUGCCUCUUAUAUAUCUGUGCUUACGAACAUAAAUAGGGUAACGGCGCAAUACGAGAUAGAGGCAACCCUGCAGUCAUUAAGCGUCUUUUCGAAGAAGGAGGGAGUAGUAAUGCCUUAUGUCGUUGUAAACGAUGAUUUGAGCUUUGGUUGAGUAGGUGGAACACUUUGGACCAGAGUCGAUCCUUGAAAUCCGGCUUGUAAAACAAUAUUGAGUGAGGGAGUUUGUUUUUACAUUUUAAAACAAUUUUAACAAUUUUUUCUUCUUUAGUUUGUACAGGAACAGAGCUGUCACUUGAGGGUAAGCAUACCUAGUGUUAUUAUUUACGAGAAGUUCUAUGACCUUUUUAUUUCCGCUUUGAUGUACAUAUUUUAUAUGUCGGCUUGACGUGUUCUGGCCAGCUGCGUAGAGAGAUCAUGGCUCAUCAGAACCACCGCGGGUGAAAGAGGGAGGAAAAUCUGGAGGACAGAAGCCCUUCCCAAUAUCAAAAGCGAAAUAACACUGAAAUCAUCUUAAGACAAAAGUACAGCAGCAGUGUGAGAACUGAUUACAUCAAACACACAAGUAAUUUUGCCAUUCCCGGAAUUCUGGACUCAGCUAUUUCCAGUUAAGAUCAGUUAAAAACUAAUACAAACGAUUCCGUUAAACUCUUAAAAAGAAUACUGUAAUGUAUAUCUAGCCGAAUUUUUCGAAACGAACCUUGCGCAAUUUGGGUUUUGCUACUAGCAAGCCUGUGGCCUAUGACCCGCAGCGGGGCCUUUCCUUAAAUUACUUAUAAUUACCGUAAGUUCAUUUGAUUAGAAAGCGAAAAAGUGAUAGCCUGAUAAGCUGACAACUGAUGAAUCUCACAGUUGACAUAUUUCUUCAUAUCGCUUUAUCUCAGGUCCCAUCCCAAAUGACUCGGACGUUAAAAAAUUCAGUGCUUUGGUAAAGAAGAGGCUUCGUGAUUUGAACUUUAAAGACUUUGGCUACGUUUUGAUUUCAAACAAGUUGCCUCCGCGGUACAGAGGGACGCCGAAGUCAGCUUUCCUUCAGAAUAUUCCUUGGCUUGCAGUAUUUGAUUUGUUUGACGCUACUUCUAAAAAGGAUGGUUUGUACUAUGCCUGCAACGAAACAACUGAUGCACCAAGAGCAAAACUCAGAAGCCUAGAUGAUUUUAAAGAAGCUCCAUCUGACUGGAUUUCGGGAAAACCGGACAAAGGUUUCGAUCUGUCGACAAGAGGAACGACCUGGAUCUUGGGAAAUGAGGAAAUGCAGAAAGGAGACUGGAUAAAAUGUUCCAGGGACUGUUUCUAUCGAGCUCUUUCCACCUACAAAUUCUGUUGUCCACUUGGGCGGCUCAUGUGCUUGUUCCUAGGUCUUGAUGAAAGUAACAUUCAAGAGAUGGUUGACAUGAUGGAAUGUUGUUUCAGCAUCCUUGGAGAUUCGGCCAGCAAUUGCGUUACUGUUAUCAGCGAAAGCAAACACGUAACAGAUGCCUUCAUCAAAGCUUCCAGGUUGCAAAGAGAACUCAGAGAUUGCUCCAUUACAGAUAUACCUUGGUCACUCUUGAGAGAAAUUGUCCGCGAUAUGGUCGGACCAACUAAAUUUGAGGAAAGAGGGGCUAAAACGGAGCUUCCUUUUUUUACUGGGUUGUUGAAAGAGGUGUUCAACAAGAUGAUUCAUUCGUGGGAUGAUCUUGAAGUCUAUGUUCCAAAUCCGCGGUUGCCGAGAUUGGUAGAGGACAUAGAGAAAGCCAGAAAUGCCUUUUACAAGGGUGCACAAGCUAGUCAAACCAAUCUAUUUCACAACCAUUGCAUUGAAAGAACACUGGAAGAAGAAACGAUGCAGAAGAUUGAACAAGCUUUAAAGACAUUGUCAAAGCCCAGCAAAGACACCAGCUCUCACGUCAUCACCGUUACCGUUACUUACGAGCCUGGAUCUGGAGCAACUACGCUUUGUCGCAGAAUCCUUUGGAAAAAACGUACGCAAUACCGUUGCGCUGUUGUUAAGGCAAUCACAACCAACACAGAUUAUCAAAUCGAGCAACUCCAAGGAAUCACGUACGACGAAAAAAAAAAACUUUAA